AAUCGAUUAAUCUGAGGUCGUGGCACAAACUUCAUAACCUAAUAAGAGUUGAAAAUUUCGUAAGUUGCAGCCAAGCGAGUCGUCAGUUCAUUCCAUUUUCAGGAUUGGUUUUUUUUUCAAUAACGCCAGCCUUCUCGCUCGUCCACGAUAAAACGUGAUAGUAAUUAGAUAUUCUCAUUCCGCCCAUAAGAAUUGUGUGCAAAUGCAGGAGUAAAGUGCAAGUAAUCAACCGGAACAGUCAUAUUGACAGAACAAGAGAGAAUAAGGUUGCUCAGAUUAGAUAAAUUUUUGUAAUCUACUGUCACUGCUGCUGGGCUCACGAACGCGAUAAGGCUGAUUUUUAUACUAUAAAAGGCACUCGUCCAAGAUAAUUUCUUAUUCGUGAGGAUCCUUCUGCUUGUCAUUCGCACCUAAUCCAGAAAGGCUAAGUGAAAGUGCACCAUGGCGCUCCCGCUACCUCCAACUUUGAAAAAAUUGUUCAGCUAUAUCGAUGCCCACAAAUCUGAGUACAUAGAAAAUCUCCGUGAGGUGGUAGCCAUAAAAUCUGUCUCGGCAUGGCCGGACAAAAGGGGGGAAAUAGUGAAGAUGAUGCAGUGGGCUGAAAAGAAGCUCGUAGAAUUGGGUGCCACAACCGAACUAGUGGACAUUGGAAAUCAGACACUUCCCGACGGCAAAGAAAUCCCACUGCCUCCGAUUCUUCUGGGAAACCUGGGCUCCGAUCCAAAGAAGAAGACCGUCCUCUUGUACGGUCACCUUGACGUACAGCCCGCCUUGGUCGAGGACGGUUGGGACACGGAGCCCUUCACUCUGGUCGAAAAAGAUGGAAAGCUUUUCGGGAGAGGAAGUACGGAUGAUAAAGGGCCCGUCCUUGGCUGGAUCCACUCCCUGCAAGGCUACAAAGCCAUCGGGGAGGAGAUCCCGGUCAACAUAAAGUUCGUUUUCGAAGGCAUGGAAGAAAGCGGAAGCGAGGGUCUCGACGACCUCCUCUGGGCUCGCAAAGAUACUUUCCUCAAGGGUACGGACUACGUGUGUAUUUCCGACAACUACUGGUUGGGUACCACAAAGCCUUGCAUUACGUACGGCCUCCGUGGAAUCUGCUAUUUCAGCCUGGAAAUUGGCUGCGCGAGCAAGGAUCUUCACAGUGGGACGUACGGCGGAUGCGUCCACGAAGCCAUGUCCGAUCUCGUAUUCCUACUGAACACUCUGGUGGACGUUAACGGUCGCAUCCAAAUCGAUGGGAUCUACGACAAUGUUGCCAAAAUCACGGAUUCCGAACUCCAAAGUUACAAGACAAUCGAAUUCGAUGUUGAUGAAUUCCGUGGCUGCGUGGGGACCAGCCGACUACCCCAUAAGGAGGAUAAGACUCAACUUUUGAUGCACCGUUGGCGCUACCCCAGCCUCUCUCUACACGGUAUCGAGGGAGCGUUCAGUGAGCCAGGCGCGAAGACUGUGAUACCACGAAAGGUCAUCGGCAAAUUCUCCAUCAGGAUAGUGCCGGACAUGACACCCGACGAGGUGGAAAAGAAGGUGGAAGCUUACCUCAAGAAACACUGGGCGACAAGGGGCAGUCCGAAUACGAUGAAACUGAGCAUGGGUCACGGUGGAAAGCCAUGGACAGAGAACCCGGACCACCCCCACUACGUGGCAGGUCGCAAAGCUACGAGGCACGUGUACAAGGUCGAACCAGAUUUGUCUCGUGAAGGUGGUUCCAUUCCCGUAACACUUACUUUCCAAGAAGUGACCGGCAAAAAUGUUCUUCUGCUACCCGUUGGUGCCGGCGAUGACGGCGCUCAUUCCCAGAAUGAAAAGCUCAACGUACAUAACUAUAUCGAAGGCACAAAAUUACUUGGAGCUUAUCUCUACGAAGUUGGUCAAUUGUAGGCCUAAAUCGUCUUGAAACAUCUGUGAAUAGGUAUGAAAGUCGUCUGAUUAUUACAUUCUGUACUAUAAUAAUGUUGGUAUGUAACUACAUUUCAUACGUGAAUAAAAAUUCAUAUGUUACUA